GGGAGAGAGAGGGGAGAGCAGUAACAGCAGAGAGAGAGAGAGAGAGAGAGAGAGACUGUUGGGGUGGUGGAUAGAGGGGACAGCAGCAACAGCAGAGAGACACACAAACACAUACACACAGACACACAGAGACUCUUAGGGGUUUGUGGAGAGAGAGAAGAGCAGCAGUAGCCAAAGGUGCAGCAGCCACAGCCGUCGGAGUAGUUCCCGCCUCGCCAGGCCCGAAGCCCGACACCAUGACGGCCAACGGGCCCUGCGAGUCGGUGCAGAUCCAGUUCGGGCUGAUCAACUGCGGCAACAAGUACCUGACGGCGGAGGCCUUCGGCUUCAAGGUCAACGCGUCCGCGUCCAGCCUGAAGAAGAAGCAGAUCUGGACGCUGGAGCAGCCGGGCGGCGGGGAGGAGGCCGGGGCCGUCCAGGCCGUGUGCCUCAAGAGCCACCUGGGCCGCUACCUGUCGGCCGACAAGGACGGGCAGGUGAGCUGCGACAGCGAGAAGCCCGACGCCGACUGCCGCUUCCUGGUGGUGGCCCACGACGACGGGCGCUGGUCGCUGCAGUCGGAGCCGCACCGGCGCUACUUCGGCGGCACCGAGGACCGGCUGUCCUGCUUCGCCCAGGCCAUCUCCCCGGCCGAGAAGUGGACGGUGCACAUCGCCAUGCACCCGCAGGUCAACGUCUACAGCCUCAGCCGCAAGCGCUACGCCCACCUGAGCGCCCGGCAGGAUGAGAUCGCCGUGGACCGCGACGUGCCGUGGGGGGUGGACUCGCUGAUCACGCUGGUCUUCGAGGACCGGCGCUACGGCCUGCGGACGGCCGACCACCGCUUCCUCCGCCGCGACGGCCGCCUGCUCGACAAGCCCGACCCCGACACCGGCUUCGCCCUCGAGUUCCGCUCCGGCAGGGUGGCCUUCCGGGACGGCGACGGCCGCUACCUCGCCCCCUCGGGCCCCAGCGGCACCCUCAGGGCCGGGAAGGCCACCAGGGUGGGCAAGGACGAGCUCUUCGUCCUCGAGCAGAGCUGCCCCCAGGUCGUCCUCCGGGCCGGAAACGACAGGAAUGUGUCCACUCGCCAGGGAAUGGACCUCUCUGCAAAUCAGGAUGAGGAGAGUGACCAAGAGACCUUCCAACUGGAGAUCAAUAGGGACACCAAGAAGUGUGCUUUUCGGACCUCCACGGGCAAGUACUGGACCCUCACUCCCAGUGGUGGCAUCCAGUCAACUGCUUCAGUCAAGAAUUCCAGUUGCUACUUCGAUAUCGAGUGGCUCGACAGGAGGAUCACCCUGAAGGCUGCCAACGGCAAGUACGUGACGGCCAAGAAGAACGGUCAGCUGGCCGCCUCGGUGGAAACUGUGGGUGAAACCGAACACUUUUUAAUGAAGCUGAUUAACCGGCCCAUCAUCGUCCUGCGUGGGGAGCAUGGCUUCAUUGGCUGCCGGAAGGUGACCGGGACCCUGGACUCCAACCGGUCUUCCUAUGAUGUGUUUCAACUGGAAUUUAAUGAUGGUGCCUACAAUAUCAAAGAUUCCACCGGGAAGUACUGGAUGGUUGGGAACGAGUCUUCCGUCACCAGCAGCAGCGAUACCCCCGUGGACUUCUUCUUCGAGUUCUGCGACUACAACAAAGUGGCCAUCAAAACCAACGGCCGAUACCUGAAGGGCGACCACGCCGGGGUCCUGAAAGCUUCCGCCGACUCCAUUGACCCUUCCACGCUCUGGGAGUACUAGGUGCACUUUAGCAGCGUCAGCUUUCCGCUCCCUGCCCUGGUGCCCGUUUUUUUGGUUCCAUCUGUCUUCUGAUCUGCCCUCCCGCCCCCGCCACCUCCCCCUCCUCCUCCCUCGUUCAUUGAAAGGGUUUCAGGAUGGCUUACUAUGCUUCUCCCCUGAGACCGUGUCAUCUGACUUCCUUCGCCUCUUUCUGUUUUUGUUGUUGUUUUUUUUUCGGUGUUGGGGAAGCCCUCCACCUUUCAAACUGGAGAAAAUCAUGCGUCCUCCUCCCCCCUCCCUCCGGUGGGCUUUUCCCUGCUUGGAAGCUUUCCCCACCUGCCCCCCCAUCCCCCGUUUCUACAGGGUGAGUGUCAGUGGCAACCCAACUCCUCCUAGGGCACCGUCAGAGGAAUUUUAAAAUCCAUCUCUGUCCUCUCUCCAGUACCACAGGUAGAGGCUGGCACCUCUUUAUCCUCUGCUGCCUGGGAGACGUCCAUGCCACUGAGCCUUAUUGCCCCCAUGCUGCUCCUCUAGUAGGUGGUGCUAUGAGUGUUGUUUACUCUAAGGGCUAGAAAGAGCAGCACUGGUCUCUGUGGGAGACCUCAGUUUCACCCUGCAGGUUAAAACGGAGAAGGCCCCGAAUUCCAGGACCAGGCAUGAAGAUAAUACGUUCCUGGAUCUGCCUAGGUGGCAAUCCUUCCUCCUUCCUCUCUGCCUCCCACCCCUCAUGCUUCCCUCCCCACUCCUCAACUCCCUCCUGGUUUCUCUUGCAGGGAGUGGGGAACAGAUAGUCUUCAAGUCUAAGGCUGCAGAUUCCUCCUGGUUGUAGGUAAUAUAGCCACUCCGCAUCCCUUACGCAGCCAGAGCAUUUCCUUCUGUGGGAAUAUCUUCGGGUGUGGCUAAGGGCCUGCGGCCUCGGUCAGUGAGGGCUGCGUGAUGGACGGUGGCGGGGGCACUGACCCAGAGGGGCUCUCUGUCCAUCCGGCAGGCUAGCCGUGUCCCCGAGGAUGCCUCGCAACGGCAGCUUGCGUGACCAUCCACAGCCCAGGAGUCCCGCCUCGCCUCCCAGUGGAAACUUGAGAAUGGCUUCCACAGUUGGAUUGAUUUUCUUGUCUGUCAGCUGCCAGGUUAGAGCCCCAGUCUUUUGAGCUACUACACUGAUUCUGGAGGCAGGAGAAAUGCUCGCUGGGGAGAUGAAGGGGCCCAAUUUGGAUUAUUAGCUUUCUUCUCUUUUCCCCUCCCCGCCGGGAGGCGGCUGGCUCCUUUAACAGCAUAAGAUCCAUUUACAAAUCUGAAACCUGUCUUAGCAAACUUUGCACAGCAGUAGUGUUUCAGUUUUUGGGUUUUUUUUUCACUUUUAAUCCUAUUGGAAACCUGUAAUCUUCACUGCACAUCCUGUUUAACUGUAAGAUACUCCCUUCCUGCUUGCAGGCCCACCUAGGGGCUCCUAUUCCCUGGAAGGAAAGAGUCCCUUGGGGCCUCAUUCAGUCAUCUCUCCACCCCGGCCCCUUGUGCAACCCCCGCUUCUGAAAGGAGGGCAUGAAAAUAGCGGUGUUCCCAGAAGCAGAAAAUGACCAAAUCAGUAUUUUUUUUUUUAUCUAGUUGUGUGCUCUUUGUGGCACUAAUGUGAACAGAUGAUCCUCAUGCAAGUAUAGCAAUGUGAACGUCUGUAAUAGGAGGUGCUGAACCUUCAUGGUCUCAGCCCUGAGCAGGGUGGAAGAGUUUGUGUUUGAGGGUGGGGCGGUUGAGGGGUGCCCUCUCAGAAAUCUAUUGCUUCUCCUUGGUUCUGGUUCCAGCCUACUUGAUCUCCUGGGUCUCCCUCUUGCAGACUUUUUCUUCCAGCCAGUGUCAGAACCUGGUGGGGGUGGGGGAGUUCCACUCCAAGUUGAAAAUGGAGCAGACUGGUUUAGCACGGGAGAGUUUUGUUCACUUUUCUCUCCCCAUAGACCCCCACCGAUGAUGUGACCGGCUCCAGUGGGCCCCUCACACCCCAUCUCUGCCCUUCCUCUGCUCCAAAACCCUGGCAUUGCAAGAAAGGCUCCGCAGUAGGGUCGGAUGUGCCAAAACAGAACCACUGGUCCCUGGGGCUUUGAGCAAGGUCGUGAAAGGGACCCCUUAGAAGCCUUACAUCCUUAAGAGCCAUGACAGAGGCCCCCCUUCUCCCCACCCCCUCCAAGCUUGGUGCUAAAUGCCUGUAACUGGAACCUCUUUAUUUUCCUUAGGGGAGGGGUCACCCCGGGGUGUGCCCAUCCACUGGAUGUUGUCUGAACUCCUGCUUCCGGGAGCUUUGGGAUGGACAGGACUCGGGGGAGACUCGAGCUUUGUCCAGAAGGAACCCAAAGCAGUCUCAAGUAGGAGCCCCGAGUCGGUGCUCCAGUCUUUGAUGCAAAGUGCUUGCUGCCCUUUUCCCUCGGCCGUUUGCUUCUUCCCCAAGCAGCUGUAUGUGGCCUCUGUUCCCCUCGUGCUGGCUUCUUCCUGUGACAAUAGGUUCAGCGUCUUAUUCCUGUCUCUCGUAUCGGACGUCGUGGCUCCGAAAAGCAUCUCACUCGGGUGUUUUGUUAACAGUUUUUUUUUUAAUUUUUUUUGUAAAUGCCAUUUGUAUAACUUAAAGCAACAACAAAAUAGCUUCAACUGGAAAAAAAAAUAAAAAGACAAACAAAUGAC